CCGCAUAUGCGCCGCCCAGAAUCAAAGCGAUUGGCCUUUGGAAAAUCCUGCAAAGAUGACGCGAAAAGCUGUGGAUUCGCGCAUUCCCGCGCUCAUUCGAAAUGGAUUGCAGGAGAAGAAGAGAAGCUUCUUCGUCGUCGUAGGCGACAGAUCCAAGGAUGUGAUUGUGCACUUGCACUACAUCAUGUCUAGCAUGGACAUCAAGCAGAACAAGUCUGUUCUGUGGGCAUACAAGAACAAGCUGUUGGGCUUUACCAGUCACCGAAAGAAGCGCGAGAACAAGAUCAAAAAGGAGAUCAAGCGAGGAAUCCGAGAAGCCAACACCGAAGACCCGUUCGAGCUCUUCGUUUCACUGCACAACAUCCGAUACACCUACUACAAAGAGACCGACAAGAUCCUGGGUCAGACAUUCGGCAUGUGCAUUCUGCAGGACUUCGAGGCCAUCACUCCCAAUAUCCUCGCGCGAACGAUCGAGACUGUUGAAGGCGGCGGCUUGGUGGUUCUGCUGCUCAAGGGAAUGAGCAGUCUGAAGCAGCUCUACAGCCUGUCCAUGGAUGUCCACUCCAGGUACAGGACUGAGGCUCACGACGACGUGGUUGCGCGCUUCAACGAGCGCUUCAUCCUGUCCCUGGGUAGCUGCAACUCUUGCCUGGUCAUCGACGACGAGUUGAACGUGCUUCCCAUUUCUGGCGGUAAGGGUGUCAAGCCUCUGCCUCCUCCCGAUCUGGAUGAGCCCAAGACCCCGACCCAAAUCGAGCUCGACACCAUCAAGGAGGAUAAUGAAGACCGACAGCCCGUGGGAUCCCUGAUCUCCCUCGCCAAGACCGUGGACCAAGCCAAGGCGCUCCUCACCUUCACAGAGGCGAUCUCCGAGAAGACCCUGCGAAGCACCGUCACCCUAACUGCUGCUCGAGGACGAGGAAAGUCUGCCGCCAUGGGUGUUGCGGUUGCCGCUGCUGUCGCGUAUGGAUACAGCAACAUCUUCAUUACUUCUCCGUCCCCCGAAAACCUGAAAACUCUCUUCGAGUUCAUCUUCAAGGGCUUCGAUGCUCUGGGCUACGCCGAUCAUGCCGAUUACUCUAUUAUCCAGAGUACCAACCCCGACUUCAACAAGGCCAUUGUUCGCGUGAACAUCCACCGACAGCACCGACAGACUAUCCAGUACAUCCGACCCCAAGACGCCCAUGUUCUGGGACAGGCCGAGCUGGUGGUCAUCGAUGAGGCGGCUGCCAUUCCUCUGCCCCUUGUGCGAAAGCUAAUGGGCCCGUACCUCGUCUUCAUGGCUUCUACCAUCAACGGUUAUGAAGGUACUGGCCGAUCUCUCUCUCUCAAGUUGAUCAAGCAGCUCCGAGAGCAGUCUCGCUCAGCUUCUUCAACCGGCGAGGGCACAGAGAUCGCUGAUCGAUCAACCGGCAAGACCUCCAAGACGGAAGAGUUCCAGAGUGGCCGGAAGUUGCGCGAAAUCACCCUCUCGGAGCCUAUUCGAUAUGGCCAGGGCGAUUCUGUUGAGAAGUGGCUCAACACUGUGCUCUGCCUCGAUGCCACCCUCCCUAAGUCGAAGUCGAGCAUCAACGGGUGCCCCGAUCCCACCCAGUGCCAGCUUCUGAACGUCAACCGCGAUACCCUCUUUUCCUUCCAUCCCGUAUCCGAAAAGUUCCUGCAACAAAUGGUGGCGCUUUACGUCGCCAGUCACUACAAGAACUCCCCUGAUGACUUGCAGCUCAUGAGCGACGCCCCGGCCCACGAGUUGUUCGUCCUUGUCCCUCCCGUUUCCGAGGACAGCGCAAGGCUUCCGGAGCCUCUUUGUGUAAUCCAGGUGUCCCUUGAAGGAAAGAUUAGCAGACAAAGUGUGCUGAACAGCCUGAGCCGAGGACAAAGGCCAAGUGGUGAUCUGAUCCCUUGGCUUGUGAGCCAGCAGUUCCAGGACGAGGAGUUUGCGUCUUUGUCUGGAGCCCGAGUCGUCAGAAUUGCCACCAACCCUGAGUACGUCUCGAUGGGCUACGGCACCAAGGCACUGGAGCUCCUCGUCGACUACUACGAGGGCCGGUUUGCCAAUCUGUCUGAGGAUGAAGACCAGGUGAUGGAUGAGACCAUGCCACGAGUCACCGAUGCGGAGCUGGCCAAUGCGACGCUGUUGGAUGAUGACAUUAAGGUCCGCGACAUUAACAAAAUGCCUCCCCUAUUCUCUAAGCUCUCGGAGAGGAAGCACGAGCGCCUCGAUUACAUCGGUGUGAGCUACGGCUUGACCGCUCCUCUUCACAAAUUCUGGAAGCGUGCUUCUUUCUCCCCUGUCUACCUUCGACAGACAGCCAAUGAUCUCACCGGCGAGCACACUUGUGUGAUGCUCAGGCCGCUUGAGAACAGCGACGACCGAAGCUGGCUUGGAGCCUUCUCACGAGAUUUCCACAAGCGAUUCCUGUCUCUGCUUUCGUACCAGUUCGGCACAUUCCCCGCCAUCAGUGCGCUUAGCAUUGAUGAGUCGGCCAACCUCGGCGCCCAGCUAGAUUCCACGGAGGUUCAGGCUUUGACCAAGGUGGAGCUGGAUAGAUUCCUUUCUCCCUUUGACCUGAAGCGACUCGAGUCAUACGCCAACAACAUGCUCGACUACCACGUCGUUCUCGACUUGAUUCCGAUCAUCGCCAACCUUUACUUCACCGGCCGCCUGAAGGCCGACAUUAGAUUGACGGGUGUUCAGCAGUGCAUUCUCCUUGCUAUCGGUCUGCAGCACAAGGACCUUGACGCUGUGUCCCAAGAGCUUUCCCUGCCUUCGUCUCAGCUCCUUGCGAUGUUUAUCAAGAUUCUCCGCAAGGUCACUGCGCACUUUAGUACCCUAGUGACGGCUGCUGUGGACGCAGAGCUGCCUAAGCCCGAGAUGUUGGGUGUGACUCGUGAGAAUGCUAGCGGUGUUCACGAUGAUGAAAUCGUCGACGACCGAUUCGUUCCGCUUGCUACCACUCUCGAAGACGAGCUCGACGAGGGUGGUGAUGAAGCCCUGAAGGUCUUGAGGCAAAAGCAAAGAGAGCUGAUUGACUCUUUGCCCCUUGACCAAUACGAGAUCGAGGGAAACGCUCCAGCAUGGGAGGAGGCGGAGAAGCAGGUGUUGAACGCCACCAAACAGGGCAAGUCAAACCCGGUGGUCAGCGUCAAGUCGAGCAAGACGAAGCGGAAGGUUGGCCAGACAGCGGCCGAGGUCUACGAGGAGGCAUUCGGCGACAAGCGGAAAAAGGCGAAGAAGUCUCGAAAGCACGAGUGAGGUUGUAGAAUAUCCUAGGUCUGGUCCAUGGCUUGGCGUUUUGAUUAGAUGCUGUAGGGGUUUUAAAAUGCAGAAGACUGU